GGGCAGGGAAGCAGCUGGAUGGACGCGAGCGGUGACCUGCAAAUCUUACUUCUACAUCUUUUAUACACGGACGAGCCGCCUUUGCAUGUUUAACAGUUAAGAGAAACAGUUUACAGCGUUUAAACGGAAACCUACGCAUUUAAUAAGCCUAAUAUUAUCUUAAUUAACUGACUAGUUAGCUUGGAUGCUAGCUAGGUAAAUAGCAUCUCAUCCGCUGGAUCUGCUUUUAACUCUGCACCUUCGUCUGUCCGCGUAAUUUUAAGUUCUCAGUGAUUUGCCUGCAAUGUACAAUAUACUGAAAAUAACUUUGAAACACUGGUUUUGUCUUUUUGAGUAGCCGUAUAACACACAUUUAGCUGGUGUGGUCUUCACUAAUGUUAGCUUCCAGCUCGAGCAAUACAUGUUUUUUUCUGCUACACAGACCUUCUUACCUAGGUUCAUUUUUAACGUGACAGCUCGACUUUAAAGUACGCAAACGAGUCCGAUACAGCCGUGCAAUACUUGAGCCAAACUUCCACUAAUCUCAUUCAGUUAACACUUCUCUUGUGCUAAACCAGCUAUGGCUGUGUGGGUGCCUGAAGCAGGAGGAUGAGUCCGCGCUUUGAGGGGAGACUAUGCCACCAUCCUUCACCGGAGACUGUUCGGUUUAACAUAUCGAUUAGCUGACCAGCAACUGCUUGGUAGGAAUAGGGAAGUCUGUGUGAGAAGCUACUGCUAUCGGCUUUAUUAGCUACCAGCUCGUCUGUCCAAUGGAAGCUGUAAGCGGUGUCAACAUGCCGUCCCAGCUCGCUGACAUGGCACUAGCAGGUCCAGGAGGAGCAGGGCUGCAAGCUGUGCCCCUCACCAACACGUCGGCUCCCUCCAGCGCGACACCAGGUACUGAUACCAGAGGGUGCGAGAAUGGUGCCUUGAUGGACUCGUUUGGGAUUUUCCUGCAAGGUCUCCUCGCUGUGGUGGCUUUCAGCACGCUGAUGUUGAAACGCUUCAGGGAGCCGAAACACGAGCGGAGACCCUGGAAGAUCUGGUUCCUGGACACCUCAAAACAGGCCAUCGGGAUGUUGUUUAUCCACUUUGCUAAUGUCUACCUGUCAGACCUCACAGAGGAGGAUCCCUGCUCAUUAUACCUCAUUAACUUCCUGUUGGAUGCUUCUCUGGGUAUGCUGAUCAUCUAUGCUGGGGUGAGAGCCGUCAGUGUAAUUGUAGAGUGGAGGCAGUGGGAGUCUCUACGAUUUGGAGAAUAUGGAGAGCCAGUGCAGUGCACAGCGUGGUUGGGCCAGUGUAUCCUCUACAUCCUCAUCAUGAUGUUUGAGAAGGUCCUCAUCAUGCUCGUCCUCCUCAUACCCCAGUGGAAGCAGCUGGCACUCCUAAACCCCAUACAGAAUCCUGCCCUGGAACUGGCCAUCGUAAUGCUCAUCGUCCCAUUCUUCGUUAACGCUCUCAUGUUCUGGGUAGUAGAUAAUUUUCUGAUGAAGAAGCACAGGACAAAAGCAAAACUAGAGGAAAGAGAGGAGGACUCGCGGGGGAACAGCAAGGUGCGCUACAGACGAGCUCUGUCCCAUGAUGAUUCCGAAUCGGAGAUCCUUUUUUCAGCCGAUGAUGAAAUGGAUGAGUCAGAUGAGGAUGACGUGCGACGGCUCACUGGCCUGAAGACAGUAAAGAAGAAGAAGCUUCGAAUGGGGAUCCCUCCAGGCGAGGUAAAGAAAAAGAAGCGUCCCCCAAUGAAGGAGGAGGACCUGAAAGGAGCGCGCAGUAAACUGGGACUAAAGGGCGAGGUCAAGAGUAAGACCUAUGAGGUCAUGGUGGAGUGUGAGCGUAUGGGUAAAACGGCUCCGUCUGUUUUCAGCGGUGUGAGGUCAGGGACGGAGACAGCCCUGAGCAAGCCUGCUGCUCCCAAAGCUCCUGGUGGCAGUGUGUUCAGCAAAUAGACACACACUGCAGGAAGAAACAACACACCCUGAAGUGUGAAUGUUUCUCAGUCAAAGCUGAAUCUGCACAUUGAUUACAAAAAAAAAAGUGUUUUAAGAAGUAAUGUUUAAGUGAGAUAGUUUUGUGCCAGCACUGUGGGUGGACAUCAUCUGCUAUGUAAGCAGUCUUUGUCAUUUGUAUAUUGCACAGUACACUAAACUUGGAUAUAGAUGCAGGUUUGGAUUAUGCAGCUGUAAAUGAAUAGUGACAUUUCUGUGUCAGUGUUGAAAAUAUUGUUUAAUCAUUUGACUGUUUGAGUUUUUGUACGUUUCUUGGAAUAAAAAAUAAUUUACAUAUCUUAAA